AUGCGAUCAUCCCAGGCAGCCGUGGUUACCCGGUCAUUGGGUCAUGCCGAGUUCAUUACCAACUGGCCCAUCCCAACCUUCCGCAACGAAGACAUUCUGGUUCGAACUGUGGCCGUGGCCGUGAACCCAAUCGACUGGAUGCUCCUGGAGACUACCCCGUCCCCCCAUGCAAUCAUGGGGCAUGAUUAUGCCGGAACAGUCGUGGCAGUUGGAAAUUCCGUCCGCGAGUUGUUCGAGGUUGGUGAUCGCGUUUGUGGACUCGUCAAGGGCGCAGACAAUACCCGGCCCGAGAGCGGUACCUUUGCGGAAUAUAUUGUGGCGAAGGCUGCAGUACAGAUGAAGAUCCCAGACGGUGUAAGUUUUGAGGAUGCGGCCACUGUGGGUGUGGGAGCAACUACAGCUGGACAGUGUCUGUUUGGACCAUCUUGUCUCAAACUGCGCUGGCCAGAGAAUGAAGGUCGUGUUGAGAAUCGAGAACCGCUUCUAGUAUAUGGAGGAGCUACAUCGGCGGGAAGCUGGAUUAUCCAGUUUGCUAAACUGGCUGGAUACACCGUCCUCACAACGUGUUCGCCGAAAAACUUCGAUCUGGUUCGCAAAUACGGAGCAGACGAAGUCUUCGAUUAUCGCCACCCUAUGUGUGCCCGAAAAAUCCGCGAGCAUACCAGCAAUACCCUCAGAGUCGUCUGUGACACUGUAGCAACUCAGGAGUCUGUGCGGAUUUGCGAAGCGGCUAUCGGUGACGCAGGAGGCCUGUAUCAUUCAUUGCUCCCGGUGCAAACUACGCGCGCAGACGUGCAGGCAACUUUCGCGAACUGCUGUACCGCGAUUGGUGAGACAUUUGAGUAUGGUCCUGAUCGGAUGGUAAUUCCCGGAAUGCCAGCGGAGUUUGACUUCGCCAAGAAAUGGGCAGGAAUCGUGAACACACUCUGGUCUCAGGGAAAGAUCAGGACACUGGUCGUUGAGAAAAGGGGCGGGGGCCUAAGGAAGGUUCUAGAUGGUUUGAAAGAUUUAAAGAAUCGGUCUGUUAGAGCUCGGAAGCUGGUGUACCUUGUUUCUGAGACUUAG